AUGGGGAACAAUUUAAGGCGCAUAGGAAAUUCUUUUAAUAAAGCNGAUAUUAGCAAAUAUCCUUUAUGGGAUCAACAACAUGGGAUAUCAACUUUUGGUAAUGGAUUGUUACCGAACAUACCCUUUGAUCCAUUUUGGGGUAUUGAGCAUAAUAUGGGAGGACUGCUUGAGGCUACUGCCAUGAACCACUUAAGUACGGAAGAAAAUCUUAUGGCAUCAACAAGUGGUAUACUUGUACAGGAAAAUACAUUUCCAGUUGCAAGUAACGCAAGUGUAGGAGGGAAUAUGACUACAGAUUCUGUAGUUGUAGAAAGGAGUAUGAUUGAAACUCUUGCACAUAGGCAGCGGAAGAAUACGCGAAGAACUUUUCGUGAUUCAUCCACAAUAAGCAAGGAAAUGAUUUCCAAAUAUUUCCAUCUGCCUAUAUAUCGAGCCGCCAAGGAACUGAGAGUUGGGUAUACGAUUUUGAAGGAAAGGUGUAGAGAAUUAGGAAUCUUUAAAUGGCCAUAUCGACAGUUAGUAUUUAGUAACAUCGAAAAUGACCAUGACAUAAAGGAAGCAACGAAGGAACUAAAAAGUAGAAGGGAAAUGUUGCUAAGCGAUCCGAAUUUGAAGUUGAAUCCAGCAGAUAUUAGGCUCAGGGAUUCAUGUACCAGAAAGAUAAAGUAUAGGGAGAUGAUGAGUCUUCUUCAUUCUCCCACCCUUCCUAUACAUCCCCUUCAUAUUCCUCCAUUAAUUGUUGAUCCUGCCUUGCCGUUAACUGUUGAUCGACCUUCACUUGCGACAGAAGAAGACGAAUCGUUUAAACUUUUGCUUGAUGGCUUUUGA